AUGGGCAAAACAAAAAUGUUCUUCUUAAUUCUUCUCAAUUUAUUAUUACCAUUGGCAAUUGCUGAUAUUCCAUUGGAAUGGAUCAAUUGUAGUACAUGGACUGAUCAAUUAUCGAUUGAAAAAGUCGAAGCAAACAUAUGGCCACCUAAAAGAAAUGAAUUAUUAACAGUGUCUGUAUCAGGUGUGGCAAAAGAGUCAUUCAUAUACGGUAACUACAACAAGACAAUCGUUUAUCGAGGAUAUUCUUUACCAUCAGUAUUCGGACCGUUAGGUGAUCUUGGAAUUAACCUGCCUACUUUUCCUGGUUCAUUGAAAAUGAUUAUAUUUAAUAGUACAAUACCUGAAGUAGCACCUGAAGGACAAUAUGAUAUAUAUAUCAAAGCACAAGAGCAAGAUCAUGCAGAAAUUUUAUGCGUUAAAAUUAGUUGGAAAUUUUAA